CCUGCACCCAGUCCGAUGGCCAAGGCGGAGAAAGGUGAAGCGUUGCUGCUCCUCCCGGGGAGGUUUCACGCCGGGUCUCCGCCAGGGAAGCCCCUCGGCAACUCUCCCGCUCUUGCCGUAGGCUCGGUAGCCACCUCCGACGUGGACGGAGCCUGGGUGGGCACCUGGAGACCUCAUCGCCCACGCGGCCCCAUCAUGGCCCAGUUCACCAGCCCGGGACCCAAGUACUCGAUCCCCGGGACAACAGGUUACCUGGUUCACAAUCCCACCAAAGCCAAAGCCCCUGCGUACACUUUUCAAAGGGCCAAACCUCCCGGCACAGACAGUUGCUCUCCGGGCCCUCGGUACUACGUCCAGCCCUCCAUCACCAGGAACGGGAAGUACGUGGCUCCGGCACAGCACAUGGGCGGACUUCCCAAGAUAACGACCGAGGUCACCCCUGGACCAAGUGACUACUCCACCGACAAGGCCAACCAACACCUCUACAAAUGCGCGCCGGCGCCGUCCAUGGCCUUCCGGCACAAGGCCGUCAAAACCAACGAAACUCCAGGUCCUGGCACCUACACCCUGCCCAGGCUGGUGGGACCCAACACAGCCUACACCCACGCCAGCCCCUGCUACUCCAUGAAAGGGAAGAGUAAGCACAACGGCUUUGCUGAAGACCUCGCCAAGACGCCAGGUCCUGCUGCAUUCCCCAAGGUGGAAGUGGACACCUACAAAAACAGGGCUCCCGCGUACACGAUGGGAAGCAGAAGUGGAAUUGGAGGCGACACAAGAGUGAAGCCAGGACCGGCAGACUACUGCCCGGGAAAGGUGACGCUGACCAAGCCCCAGGCACCUGCUCCCACUUUUGGACUCCGCCAUUCCCUCUACACAACUCCUCUACUAUCUCUGCAAUAAAACAACACACCCGCAAAGGUCUGGUCUGUUCGCUUCAGCUGUGGCGAGAGGGGGUGCGCGAGGGUGA